AUGGCUGUCCAGCCCAGACCUAUUCUGCACUAUUUCAAUCUCGGUAGUAAGGGCCGGGGAGAAGUUGUUCGCCUUUUUCUACGCGAACUCGGUAUCGACUUUGAGGAUAAGCGGUAUCCCUAUGACGACACGUGGGCGGCCCAGAGCCAAGUCUAUCAAGACCAGGGAUUGAGCAUCACGGGGAAACUGCCAGUCCUAGAGAUAGACGGCAACAUUCUUGCGCAGCAUAUCCCAAUCCUCCGUUACCUAGCUCGCUCUAGAGGUGGCUACGACGGCUCUUCUAAGUACGACAAGUGGCUGGUUGACGCUGUUUCGGAUAUCUACAUCGACUGGAGGGCUCAAUGGGUCGCCAACCUUAGUGGGAAUGUCCCCAACUAUAAAACUCGGGUUGUACCUGAGUUCUACAGAAUCUUUGACAGUUACUACUCGAAAACCGACGGACCAUAUCUACUUGGUAACACGGUCUCUUACGUCGACUUCGCUGUGUUCCAGGUCCUUGAUAACGAUGCCGCAGUCGGUGCCGAGCCGGAACAUGUUCCGGCAACGUUGAUUGCCUUGAAGAAGGCGGUCUCGGAACGUCCGAACAUCAAGGAGUAUAUUUCUGCCCGACUCUGA